AUAUAUUGUUAUUGGGUUUCUUUGAUUCCCCUCUCUGCCUUGGCUUGAAACUAAGGCAGAGAGAUCUCACUGCCUCAGCCAAAGAUUGAUAAAAAUGGUGUUUCAAGAUUUUGAUUUUAUACAAGAACGUCGGAGACAGGAGAGACAACGGGUACUCAAAAAGAGGGUAACCAUUGCCUUGUCUAUCUUAGUCCUUGCUGGUAUUGCGGCGGCGAUUGCCAUGGCUUUUGUUUCUAUGAAAAGUAGCACCCAAAAUAGUAACAAAAAGGAGAACAAGGGCGAUAAUAAUAACAGCGACCAGAAUAAAUCAAACGCUCAACCUCCUCCAUCAACCCCGCCAGCAACCCCACCACCUUCUCCUAAACCAUCAUCGCCAAAACCUCCAAAACCAUCAUCUCCCAAAGCUACGAAAGCUCCAGCGCCAUCACCAAAAGCUCCAUCUCCUGCUCCUGCUCCAUUUCCAAAACCUCCAUCAUCUACACCAGCUCCGGCUCCAUUUCCAGAACCUCCAUCAUCUACACCAGCUCCAUCUCCAUCACCUUUACCAACAUCAUCAUCGCUACCUCCAUUACCUGCACGAAUACCAUCAUCUCCAUCUCCAUCACCUUUACCAACAUCAUCAUCGCUACCCCCAUUACCUGCACGAAUACCAUCAUCUCCAUCACCUGCAAUACCAUCAUUUUUACCAAGACCAUCAUCUCCAUCUCCAUCACCUUUACCAAGACCAUCAUCUCCAUCUCCAUCACCUUCACCAACACCAUCAUCCCUACCUCCAUUACCUGCACCAGUACCAUCAUCUCCAUCACCUUUACCAAUACCAUCAUCUCCAUCUCCAUCACUUUUACCAAAACCAUCAUCUUUACCUCUAUUACCUGCACCAAUACCAUCAUCUCCAUCAUCUCCAUCACCUUUACCAACAACAUCAUCUCUAACUCAAUUACUUGCACCAAUACCAUCACAUCCACCAACUCCAGCACCUGCUCCAGCUCUGGCUCCAUCAGCAGCACCCAAAGAAUUAGUGACAUCGUUUUGCGAGGGUACAACUUACAAGAGCUUAUGUUCGGACACCCUUGCGAAGACAAUAGCACAGAAUCCAAAUUUGGUGACUCAACCCAAAGAACUCGUCAAGUCUUUCAUCACAUCAACGACCGAAGAACUUGACAAGGCCUUUUCUAAAGCCAGCACAAUCGUAUUGCAUACCGAAUUGGAAAUAAGAGCAUUUGAUGUUUGUAGAGAAGUGAUGGAAAAUGCCAAGGAAGAAUUACAGAGUUCUGUUGAUAGAAUGGGAACAAUUGUUCCAGGGAAGCAACCAACCGAUGGGGACUUGACCAGUUGGUUAAGUGCUGUAAUGUCGUACCAGGAAACGUGUGUUGAUAGCUUCCCUGAGGGACCAUUGAAGCUCCAGUUCGGGACUACCCUCAACAGUAGCGAGGUUUAUACUAGCAAUUCCCUUGCCGUGGUUAGUGAAUUGGAUGGAUUGAUGAAUCCACAUCAGGAGAAGCCAACCCUUAAACGUAGCCUCUUACAAACCAGAUUUCCGUUGUUGGCCAAGGAUGGGCUUCCCAGCUGGAUAAACGAUGAAGAACGCAGGCUGUUGAACGAAGAGGAAGAUGACAUGCCAAAACCAAAUGUAACCGUGGCACAAGACGGUACCGGAAUGUUCAGAACAAUUAAUGAAGCUCUUGCUGCCAUGCCACCAAAAUAUGAAGGAAGGUAUGUGAUAUUUGUCAAGAAAGGAGUAUAUGCCGAGACUGUAAUCAUUACAAAGAAGAUGGUGAACCUUACCAUGUAUGGUGAAGGAUCACAGAAGUCCAUUAUCACAGGGGAUAAAAAUUUUAUUGAUGGAAUCCCCACUUACCAUACCGCAACUUUCGUGGUUGCUGCUCCUGGAUUUAUGGCAAAAAGCAUGGGAUUCAGAAACACUGCGGGGCCCGACAAACAUCAAGCAGUGGCAGUGAGAGUCUCCGGCGAUAAGGCGGUUUUCCUUAACUGUCGCUUCGAGGGGUUCCAAGACACCUUAUACGCGCAUACUCACCGCCAGUUCUAUCGAAGUUGCGUGGUCACCGGCACCAUAGAUUUCAUCUUCGGUGACGCGGCCGCCGUGUUCCAGAACUGUUUGAUUUACGUUAGACAACCCAACCCCAACCAAAAGAACAUCAUCACAGCCCAAGGGAGGAAAGACAAGUACGAAACGACCGGCUUUGUGCUACAAAACUGUAAGAUAUUACCAGAAGCACCAUUUAAACCAGUCGCAAAUCAAUUCAAGAGCUACCUAGGCAGGCCCUGGAAGCUAUACUCGACGACCAUCAUAAUGGAAUCACUGAUCGAGGGCUUCAUUGACCCUGCUGGAUGGCUUGAAUGGCAAGGCGACUUUGCACUCAACACCCUUUUCUACGGAGAGUUUAACAACACGGGGCCUGGCGCGAGAACUGACCGUAGAGUGAAGUGGGCAGGGAGAAGGGAUAUUAACAGGGAAGAAGCCAUGAGAUAUACAGUAGAAACAUUCUUAGAUGGUGCAUGGGUAAAGGAAACUGGUGCUAAUGUUCGUAUGGGACUGGGGAGUUGAGGAUUCAUUUUCGUGGUGUUUAAUUAUCUCAUGAAGAACAGUACUAGUAAACAGAGAUAAUUCAAUGCCAUGAAUAUCGAUGUUUUCUAAUUUCCCUCUCAUGAAAAAGAUUUGAGCGUAAUGACAUCA